GACAGGACUUCUGCGGAAGUGAAUGCUGCAGAAACAGGGACUGGUUAGAAGGCGAUGAUAAAUUUUAGAUGCACAUUAACACUGUCCUUUGAAAUGAAUGUGUUCAUUUUUAUAGCACUCGUUUUCGUAAAUACACAAGCGGUUCGUAAAAGUGAUGGCGAUGACUGGGUUCAUUUACCGAAUAAAUGUGAAGUAUGCAAGUUUUUGAGCAUUGAGAUGAAAUCCGCAUUAGAAGAAACGGGGAAAACGAAAGAAGUGAUAGAAACAAACUACCGUUUCUUGGACAGUAAAGGCACACCACCGAUCAAAUAUGUAAAAUCUGACAUUCGGUUCAUAGAGGUAAUGGAAAAUGUCUGUUCAAGGAUCCUGCAGUACAAUUUGCACAAAGAGAGAGAUGGCAGCAAUCGCUUUGCAAAGGGUAUGUCUGAGACAUUUUCCACCUUGCAUAACCUGGUCCACAAAGGAGUGAAGGUUGUCAUGGACAUUCCUUAUGAGUUGUGGAAUGAGACGAGUGCUGAAGUAUCUGACCUCAAGAAACAGUGUGAUGUGAUGGUUGAGCAGUAUGAAGAGGUUAUUGAAGACUGGUAUAAAGGCAGCCAGGAGGAAGACCUGAUGACAUACCUCUGUGAGAAACAUGUUCUGAAAGGACAAGACACAUCAUGUCUAAAAGAAAUUUGGACUGAGAAGAAAGGAGACCCUGCAGCCAUCGCACAAGACAAAAAGAAAAAGAAAAGCAAAAAGAAGACCAAAGGUGGUGAGCAUAACCAGAACAAGGAGAAGAAGGUAAAGAAAAAGAAAAGUAAGCUGCUUGAUGAACACAGUGACGAGCAGAAAAUGAAAGAAGGGGGACAUGCGUCAGAUGAGGAGAUACAAGAGAGUGUUCCUCUUCAUCAGGAGAAAACUGAACUCUGACCUGUCUAAGCUGAUUCUGAUCUUGGUUUGGUUCUGGCUCUUCAUGACUGGUGAACAUCUAUGUGUGGUUAGUCAUAAGCUGUCUUAUCGUCUGAAGUGUUGAAUUGUGGUAACAGUAAUGAAGUACAUCAGAAUGGUGGGUUGGGGUGUUUUUAUUUAAAAAAAAAAUUUGUGCAUGCAAGAGUGUGUCUUUUAAAUUCUCUUAAGGUAAGGUACAAGUUUUGCAUGGAGUGGAUUGCUUCAGUUAAUGACUUUUUUUUUUUUAUAAAUUUUGUGUGUGUGUGUGUGAGAGAGAGAUGUAUAAUGAGCCAUAAAAUGUGAAUGAGUGCUUUUCUGCAAUCUUUACAGCUUACUCCAAACCUCCUUUUAGAUUUGAUAGGUUUAAUUUACUAAACCCAUUUCCAUUCCAUUUUAUACCCAAUCAUGUUACCAAUUAACCUGCUUAUUGUGGAAUCUUUCAAAAAUGGUGUGACUUGAAUAUCCUAUAAACUUUUUAAUCUUAGUUUGCCUCUGUCCCAACUUUUUUGAUUGUGUUGCAGGUAUCAAAUUGUAACUUCAUUUAUGUUUACAAAAUACAAUUUAAGUUGGUCAAUAAAACUAGUAAAUAUUUUCUUUGUACUUUUGCCAGUUAAAUAAAAUUUCAUGUAAUUAACAAAGCAGACUUUUUAUUUCAUUUUGGAAAAAUCCCAGUUUUUCUGGAAAUGGGGUUAGUAGUUGAGAUGCAUAAUUUAGUUAUAGUUUAAUCCUUAUUCUUGUACUGUGGACUUGAAACCAUUCAAAAAUGUGGCCACAAUUUCAGGUCAGUAAUAUUUCUGUAUGUGUUGGUGUGUAAGUAUUAUUUUUAAUGAUUUCUAAAUGCAUUUUUUUAAGUCUGUGCUUGUCUAUAAAAUGCUGCUACUCCUAAUGAUUAAAAAUUAUGUGUUAUAUUUUAGGAGAUAAAAACAGUUACACAUAUUGUAUUGAUGCAGGCUCUUAUUUUUACUACAGCUUGUAUCUGUGAAUGCUAUCUUACUGGUAGAGACAGCCUGUGGUGUUUUUUUUUUUUUUUGAGAAAUGCAAAAAACAUUGAUAACACUG